AUGAGUGGAAAUAGCGGUUCACAUCAUUCAACGUUGUCUGGGAUACCAGGACACGGGUCAUAUAAACCCGAAACUUCAUGGCAACGCGCGAUCGCGCGCAAUGCCGGAAUUUACACCUAUCCUCAUUCCGAGGGCGGUAGCGGUAUGUCGGAGACCCAGUUUGCGAAAUUGGUCAAAGAAGAUGACCCUAAAUCGGCUUGUACACCAUUAUUAAUUGAGGAAUUCCGUUGUCUCAAGAACAACGAAUUUGCAAACGACCAAGGAAGAGCAGCUACAAAGUGCGUAAAGUGGUAUAAUGAAUGGAUGCAGUGCAAGUGGGACGAAGAAAAAAUGAGAUUUGGCUAUAGCUAUAUAGAAGAUCUGCCCGCAAGGAAGCACAAGGCAUACAUAGCCGCUCCAGACUACCAGUACUCAUGA